AGCUCUAUUAGUAUGAAUUCAAUACUACUUCAUAACUAUGGUUAAUAUAUGUGCAUUUUGAUUUUGGAUUUGGUACAGGAAGCAGCUCCCUCUGUGGUCUUUCCUGAGAUUUCUUCCUCUUUUACCUUUGGGUUUUUCUGCUAAAAGGGUUGUCAUCCUGUUUUGCUUUAUUUGAAUGUGUGGGCCUGUUUUUUAUUAUUAUUAUUAUUAUUAUUAUUAUGGAAAUUGUGAGUUGGGCCUCCAUAUUAACUUGAAACUCUUAACUUAAACUGUAAAUUUAUUGUACUCUGGUGUCUUCAGCAUGACAUGCCCUGCUUAAGGAGGUGGUGGUGCACAGCGUUGGUGGAGAAUCUUGAGAUUGAAGGCCAUGGCCGGAGGUUUGCCCACUUUACCAAGCAGGGAAUAGAGAUGGCCAGUGGAAGUCUGGACCCAAUUUUCCGCAUCCCUAGGAAGAGGAAAUAUGAGGAACCUGUCCUCUCAAACCCAUGCAAGGUGAAAAAGCCAUGCAAAGUUGAGCCCUCUCCAAAGGGAAUUGGUAUUUUGCAGCUGCCUGAGGAAAUUUUGCACAGAAUCUUCAUCCAUGUGGUGCUACAAGAUGGAGACCCGGCAAUCCAUACCCUGGCUCUCACACGCAAGCAUUUCUGGAGGGUAGUGAGAGAAGAAUCCUUUCUGAAGGAAGCACACUUCUGCUGGCUUGACAGUGUGGUGAACUGGGACGCAUUUUCUGAGGAGCAUAGAAGGACCUACAGAACUCCAUAUCGAAUCACAUGUUGCAUUCAUUGCAAUUCUCUAUACAAAGACUGUGAAGGCUACAGGGGAUGUGGACAGAGGGGAAAACUACAGGGAUUCUACUCCGACAAUGAAUUUGCAGGAUACUGCAGUGCUGACUGCUUUUAUGAGGCUGGAGGCACUUUGUAAUAACUGAUGUUCUGUUGGAUGUGAUUUUUCUAUUGAAUGUUAUAUGCAUGUUAGAAAGGUUCAGACUACAUGCAUUUCUACAUUUUUGUUUGGUCUCUGUUCUGUAAAACUGAAAGCACUUUAUAUGGCAGUUAAUAAAUUCAGUUUACAAAGAAUUUAUGCAUUUUUUUCCCCACACAUUGCAGGU